AUGAACGCCACGGUGAGUGGCGCGACAAGGAUUGCCGACGGCUUUAACAUGACGGGGCCCGCGUCACGGAUUGUGCGGCCAGUGAUUGAGCGGGCGGGGGCCCCGGCGUACAGCUUUGGUGGGCGUGAGCGUGGGCUGGCACGUGCAGGAGCUGAGCACGAGCUACGACGGAAACAAGCGCUGGCGGACGGGCAGGCGGCAGGGGAGGCGCCUACGUUGACGGCGAGAGGAUGGGCCGCUGGGGGGCAUUCUCGUGCCUGCGUCGGUUCCCGGAAGCACGACGGACGCGGGCGAAGGGGCGCGGGCCGAAGAAAUGCUGCUGUCGCCGCAGGAUGA